AUGAAUACGAUCUGGGUGAAAGAAGGAAUCAGCCGAGAUGAUGAGUCCUUGCCUCCCGAUGAAGAAGAGCUUUCAUUGGAAGGGAUUGAUCAAAAGAGUAUGCCUGGCGCUCCAGUGAUCAUUUCACCACCAAAAGAUGUCUCGUUUGCGGUGGGAAUGGAAAGCUUGAAGUUGAACUGCGUUGUCAGUGGACUACCGGCGACUUCUGUAACUUGGCGAUUUAAUGGAGUCGACAUCGCAACAGAUUCAACGAAAUAUGACGUCACCAGUAAUAGCCUUGUGAUUCAUGAGCUAAAGAAAUCUGAUAGUGGGAGCUACAGCUGCAUAGCAAAAAACAUUAAGGGAGUGGCAAACGCUACAGCCCAGGUGAAGUCGACAGGGUCGAAUAUGAUUGAGUUUGGGCCGACUAAUCAGAGCGUUGUGAUCGGUACAAAUCUGAUGAUUCCAUGUGAGGUCAGCUCAGAGUAUAAGCACAGUGCACAGCUAACGUGGUUUAUCAAUGAUGAACCGAUUCCGAACCACGGGAAUCCAAGCCUGCGCCUAAGCCGUGCUCCAAACGGCGGACUUCUCAUAAAACAAGUGGGGCCAGAUAGUAUUGGAGAGUAUCGAUGUACGGUUCGAGCCAACGGACGGGAGGAAAGCGCGUCAGCGUAUUUGCGAAUAAUUGAACGACCACAAAUGCCAACUUUUGUACGUGCUGAACUAAUCAACACUACCUUACCAGUCAAGAUUCGUGUUUCUUGGAUCGCAGGUUUCGAUGGGAAUUCGCCUAUCAUCAAGCAUACUAUCGAAAUGCGAGUUCUUGGUCCGACGCAGUUGUGGAGCGACUGGGAAGUUGUUGUGGAUAAUGUGCCUACCGAAGAGUGUUGCUCUGUUCUUAUUGAUAAUCUGCGACCAUCAGUGACUGCGGAGUUCCGUGUAAUCGCCUCGAAUCGAUACGGAUCUGGGAAACCGUCUUUGCCGUCUGCGAACGUCACGAUGCCACAACAACCGCCUGCAGCUGCGCCACGCAAUGUAGCUGCUUCGGCGCGAUCAGCUAACAGUAUCAUUGUGCAGUGGCAGCAGCCGCAAGAAGAACUCUGGAGUGGAGACAUUCUAGGAUACAUAGUUCGGUAA